UAACCUCCCCCCCCCAAAAAAAACCCGCGUAGCGUCCAUCUCUGAGGCCAGACGGGAGCGAGAGAGAGAAAGACAAAGACGGACGCGGCAACGACUACAACAACAACAACAACGAAACAAACAAAACAACGGAGACUGGGAAACAAACAAACUCGCCCGUGGCGGAGGGAGGAGGCGAGGAGGAGGGAGGAGGAGGAGGAAACGACGCGGGCGGGAAAGCCGGCGCCGUUAUGGCGACUAAACGAAAGAGUAAGAAGCUCGACUCCCUGGUGCAGAAGCUGCAGGACUUCAUGACUCAGUCGGUCGGCGAGGAAGAGGGCGGAGGCAGAAAUCAUGGGCUCCGACGGCAACGAGGAGGAGGCUCCCGCCGACGCGAAGACGCCGCCUCUUGCGGACAAGACGAGAGACAAGGAUACAAGUUCUCCCAGCCCACAGGCCGGUCCAUCGCGCUCACGAAGGAAGCCCACGCACGUCGUGAAGGUCGUCGCUUCCGAUGAGGACAACAACGACGACGAUCUGGCCGAAGAUGACGACGCCAGGAACAAAGACCAAGGCAACGAAAACAACGAUGACAACAACGAUGACAACGACGAUGUUGAGGACGGGCAGGAGGUGGAUGAUGACGACGGUGGUGGUGACGACGACGACGGUAACAACCGUGGUGGUGGUGGCGAUGGUGGUGGUGGUGGAUCUAAGGGGCGAGUGGUUGGAGGGCGAGGAGGAGGAGGAGGAAGGAGGACGAGGGACAAGGAGAGACCAGCGGAGGAGGAGGAGGAGGCGGAAGAUUCCGCUGAUGCCUCCAUGGAUGUCUCGGAACUUCCUGAAGUGUGA